AAUAACCUCAGUGUGCGUGUGUGUGAUCUCAGUGUGUGUGUGUGUGUGUGCGCGUGUGUGUGUGUGAUCCCAGUGCUAUGUCUCGGUCCCGGGUGCGCUCUAAUAAUAGAGGAGACUGGCUGCUCCUUUAAGAGCCUACUUGUUGCAUACUCCACCAAAUCUAUUGUAACAAAAUGGUUAUCAAAGUCUUCCUCGCCUCUUCAUCGGGAUCCACAGCGAUCAAGAAGAAGCAGCAAGAUGUGGUCGGCUUCCUGGAGGCUCUCAAAGUGGACUACACUCAGCUGGACAUCGCCUGCAACGAGGAGAACCGCAUGUGGAUGAGGCAGAACGUCCCAGAGGAGAAGAAACCCGCCAACGGCAUCCCCCUCCCCCCGCAGAUCUUCAAUGAGGAGGGCUACUGCGGGGACUAUGACACAUUCUUCGAUGCCAAGGAGGACAACUCAGUGUAUGCCUUCCUGGGGCUGCCUCCUCCUCCUGGCUCAAAGGAGGCAGAGCAGGCUGACAAGGCCCACAUUGUGGAGAAUGGGAACCAUGCCGAUGAAAACCUUGACGACUCAAUAGUUCCAGAGGAGGAGCGUAACGGCGAUGCACACGUAGAGGAGGAGCAGGCAGAGGAAGCUGAUGAGGAGGGAGGUGAGGGUGGCGAGGAGGAGGAGGCAGAGGAAGAGGCUGCCGAUGGUGAAGCCGCAGACGAAGAAACGGCAGGAGACGAGGCCCCUGCAGAGGCAGAGGAGGAGGCCGUGGAAGAAACAGACGAGGUCACUGAGGACACACAGGCCCAAGCAGAAGAGGAAGAACAGGAGGAAGAGGAUUUGCAGUCAGAGGAGGAAGAAGAGCUACGACAGCUUGAGGAAGAAGACGAGGCUGAAGUACAAGAGGAGGAAGAAGAAGACUUGGAAGAAACACAGGAGGAAGAGGCUGAGUAGCUAAAACCAGGCGAUGCUGAUGAUGUUGACUUACUGCUGUCCAGCCUGAAGGAGCCCCGCGAUCCAUCUCCCCCUGACACCUGACGCUUGACCCCCUCAGCCCUCGUCAGACCUCUACCCCAAAGGCCGCACUGGACCGUACUGGAAGCCGCCGGUCAUGUCCUUGAAGGCGCCAUCUGAGCUGAAAAGUCCUAACCCACAUUUGCCCUCGCUCCCUUCCCUUUUGACUGCAAUGUUGACUUAAUUUUUAUAUUUUCUGUGUAGAGACUUACUGUAAUGAAAAUGUGCAGAGUAGGCUUGUGGUGUUGGUUUAUUUGUCAUGAGUAGCUUUUGUAAAAUGCGCUGUUGUUUUGUUAAACUCAAGCAUAUUUCUCAUGUUUUACUUUUAGAAAUCCUAGUUUUCUAACACAAGGCGGCAGUGACCUUUUCAAAAAAGAUCUAACCUUGGCAAACUUGACUCCUGACUUUCAGAUUCAGAGGAUCAUAAUUCACCUUUUGUUCUUUUAUUCCAGUGUCAUGCCUUACCGACUCCUAUCAGCUGAAUGUAUCGAUGCAAACCGAGGCUUUUAACAGCCACGUCAGACAGGAAAUAUGCACAUACUGCAAAAUUGCAAACUACUCCACCACCACUACAACUGCUUCUGCCAAUACUGCUGUCUAAACAAUGCACUUUGUUGAACGAAGAGUGAAACAUGUGGCUAAGACUUGGAUGCAAUGGAAAAUGGAAUAAAGUGGACUGGUACAAAAAAGAAAA